AUGUCGACGACAACAACGACAAUCACCGCCCCAGCGGUGCCAGUCACCAUCGACCGACGACCCAAAGACUCGAUGAAAUCAACAUGGCGAAAAGACGAGACCCAGUGGGGUUUCUACCACAAGUUUCUGAACCUCUUGAACGUAUUUCAUAUCGACGAUGACAAGGAGGUUCCAAUCCAUGCAAAGACCGACAAGAUGCCAUAUCUCACAGAAUGGUCAUGUAAUGUCUGGAUCCUCUACCACGCGGCAUGGCCCAUCGCUCUGCAGUAUGCAUGGAACGCCGCAACGGGCAGGGAUAUGCACAGCAUCGCUGUCUUUCUCCUCUUCACGGUCGCUAUGCAACUCAACUCUAUCCACGAAGUGCGCGUCCUGCGCCGACUAGGACACCGCUUUGGAUUCCUCGACGGCGACAAGCACGAACGAGAUGACGUACCGGACGUUGCAGUCGCAAAGGUCUUCUCAUCCCUUCAACUCACCACCACCGUUCGACCUGCUCUCGCCGUUCUCCUGGCUUACAGCGCAAGCAACUCCAUGUCCCUCUCCUGGUGGCUUCCACUAGAGCUGGGACUGUACGCCAUCGUUCUGGACGGAUUCUUUUAUGCUUAUCACCGCUCGUGCCACGAGCUCAACGGUCUAUGGCAGUACCACCGCACCCAUCAUCUCACCAAGCACCCAACACCGCUUCUGUCAAGUUACGCAGACCACGAGCAGGAAGUUCUUGAGAUUGCCUUGAUUCCACUCGCCACUUACGUGGUCCUUAGGUACGGCUUGGGGCUACCGAUGGGAUUCCACGAUUGGUGGGUAUGCCACGAGUACAUCAUCUACGCCGAAGCGUUCGGUCACUCUGGUCUCCGUGUCUGGUCCACCACACCAGGCACCGCUUCAUGGUUCCUUAAGGCGUUCAAUUGUGAGCUCAUGAUUGAGGAUCAUGAUCUGCACCACCGCAAGGGCUGGAGGAAGAGCCACAAUUAUGGAAAGCAGACGAGGCUUUGGGACCGUAUCUUUGGAACUUGCGGCAAGAGAAUUGAGUCUGUUGAGGGCAAUUGUGAUAUGGACAAUAAGUUCAAUUUUCCUUUGUGGUAG